AUGGAAACAGCAUCAUCAUCAAUACCUCACAUAUCACAACAUGAUCAAUUAGUAUCCCUAAUCAGCAACAUUACAUGUGCAAAGAGUAGUUCACUCUCAUUUAUAAAAGGCUUUAUUCUCGGGCAACUCAGUGUCAUUGUGGUGGUCGUCUUGGUAUUGCGGUAUUUGUUUACAGAGGACGUCAAGCGCGUGAACAAGCGCUACAUUCCAUCGAGAUUAUCAACAACACCACCCUCACGAGCAGCCAUUCCGUUACCGAAUGACCACAUUACAUCGAAAACGUAUUACGAUAUGAUGCACCAUCCACCAGAAAGCACAGAUUGGCUCAAUGUCCUGUUGGCACAAGCCAUCUUACAGUACAGAGAGGAUGCCAAGAUCAAUGGUCGUUUGAUUUUAGCUGUGGAUGAUAUCUUGAAUGGUGGAGUCAAGCCAAAUUUCUUGGGCCCUAUUCAUGUCACAGAGCUCAAUUUGGGCGAAGAGUUUCCGAUAUUCAGUAAUGCCAGAAUUAGACGAUCGGACGACGUGGGGUCUAUGAGAGCUGAAAUAGAUUUCGAGUACAAUGAUCAGGUAACAUUGGGUAUCGAGACACAGCUUAUUCUCAACUGGCCCAAGCAAGCAUUUGCAGCACUUCCCAUCUCGCUGGUGCUGUCAGUGGUGCGAUUUUCUGGCACGUUGACGAUCGAGCUCAUCAGUCCUCCAGCAACAACAACUCAACCCGAGAUACCCCUUGAACGAUACAUUGCCAUCUCAUCCCACUCAGACUUUGUACUUGAUCUCAAGGUGCAAUCGCUGAUAGGAUCUCGCACAAAGCUUGAAGAUAUCCCAAAAUUAAGAGAUUUAAUCCAGACGAAACUUAGAAAUGUAUAUAUUGAUAAACUCGUGUAUCCAACAUUUGUAAAGAUCAAGGUCCCCAACAUGUGGAAGGAUAAAAUGGAUACAGACAACGCAGCGACGUCGAUUGACAAUAGCAACAUUACUGCUACCAAUGCUACUUCCAAAUCGGCAGGUGCUACUGAAUUAGAGCCUACUGCUGCCGAGAAACUAGAGGAAUUUGUAGAGGACAUCAAAGAAGCUUAA